AUGACAUCCAGGAUCCCCUUGACCAAGCAACAAAAAUGGAGGGGCGGCGUCUGGGCCGUGGCCUUUGCCGCCGUCGUCAUGGUCGGAACCCUGACCGGCGCCCAGCUCAAGUCAGACAAGCAGAAGGAGGAAGCUAUCCGGGAGUUUCGCCAGAUUACUCCCUCUGAGCAGAUCGCCAUGCUCGAGAAGCAGCGAUCUACGCUUGUAGAGCAGCAAACUGCUUUGCAAAAGAAGCUGGACGUGUUCAAAGAGCGCGCCCAAGAAAGACGACAAGAGAAAGAGAAUGCCAAGAAGGUCUAG